CAGAAUAUAACAGAUAUCUUGCGCGCGCUGUCAUCAGUAGCGAGAAUAUACUGGCACGGUCAGUAACGGCCCGAACCGCGGCAGAACACUAGCGCAUAAAAAAAAAAAAGAAAAAUAGUGUAUGAAAAGCAAAAAUAUACAAAAUAACAAUAUUUUUUAAGAUGGUGGCGAACGGCACCACGAGUACGAAAAGCGAGAAGAAUGAGAAGAUACAGGCUGCCACGCUGGACGACGCCAUGUUGAUGGCAGGUCUGGGGGUUUACAAUAUCCUGCACAUGCUGCUAUGUGGUCUCAUCCUGAUGGGCGUCAUCAUGCAGAGCUUGGCGCUGGGCUACGUGCUGCCUGCAGCUCAGUGUGACCUGGAACUCACCCUGCACCAGCGAGGGUGGAUAGCGGCCAUUCCUUUCAUGGCCAUGAUCCUGACGGGCUACUUCUGGGGUUGGCUGGCGGACACCAGAGGUCGUCGACCUGUGCUGCUGUACUCCAUGAUGACGUCAUUCAUCCUGACCGUCCUCGUCAGCUUCACGCCCAACAUGAUUAGCUUUGCUGUGAUACAGUUCUUGUCUGCUGUAUUCAUGUCUGGCUCCUCAGCAGUGGCAUACACCUACCUGGGUGAAUUCAAUAACCUCCGCCACCGAGACAAGAUGGUCGCCUUCGGGUCUUCCUUUGUGGGAAUUGGAACUGUUGUCUUGCCUGCAAUAUCCUGGCUGAUCCUGCCCCUGGAUUUCUCCUACUACAUCGGCUUCCUGGACAUCUACUACCGCCCGUGGCGCCUCCUAGUGAUCGCUUGUGGAAUCCCCUACGCUGUGUCAUCGCUGAUCAUGUGCUUCGCUCCAGAAAGUCCGAAGUUCUUGACCGCCGCGGGGAGAAAGGAGGAAGUCUUGGAAGUCAUGAGGACUAUCUACUCGGUCAACUAUAGAAUGCCUAAGGAAACAUUUGCAGUAGAAUCGAUAAUCGUGGAUAAGCAGGCGAACACUGAUCAUAGGGUGGGCAUGUUUCGCGCCAUCAUGAUCUCCAUGAAGGAGCAGACUCUGCCUCUCUUCAAGACCCCUCUGGUGCCCUGGACACUGCUCACUUGCUUUGUGCAGUUUGGAAUUUUUGCUACAACCAACGGUUUCUAUGUCUGGUUCCCCACGAUCCUGAACUCCGUGGUGAAUCAUGAAGGUGAACCCAUGAGGAUCUGCGACGUCCUCGCUUACAAAAAUAAUGGCAAUGAUACAGAGGUCGGCUGCGAUGACUCCAUGAACACGGCCACUUUCGAGCAAUCGAUCUACAUCGGGCUGGUCUUCAGCUCCAUGUACAUCAUCGUGGGGUUCCUCGUGGACUUCAUCGGCAAGAAGUUGAUCCUCAUCGUGGUGCUCAGUUCCACUGGCUUAUGUGGCAUCGCAGCAAACUUCGCGGCCAAUACCCAGCUGGCGGUGAUUUUGUUCGCCAUCUUCCAGAUGUCUGGCGCUUGUAUUGGAUUGAUGAAUGCUGUGGCUGUGGAACUGUUCCCCACUAAGUACAGAGCGAUGGCAGUGUGCCUGUGCAUGAUGCUCGGCCGCGUGGGCUCCAUGGUCGGCUCCAACCUCAUCGGCAUCUUCCUGCAGACCAACUGCGGACUCAGCUUCUAUAUCUUCGGCGGACUGCUUAUUGUGAAUGCCGCCUUCUGCAUAACUCUCCCGAACAAGAAGAAAGACUGCUGUCCUGCAAAGGAAAUUGUACACGAACCGGCCCAAAACGAAACCCAUGAACCAGUAUGAAAGCCCAACUACCACCCUUUGAAUUCGGCUCUGUACUCAGCUUUAUAUUUACGAAACGUGUGAGAGUAUUCUUAAGAAAGAAGAGUUUUCAUUCAGCGCUUCGAAGAAGGAAGAUUCUAGAAGAAUGUAUUCCAGACGUACUUGUGCCAUAACUAGUUAUGUACCUAAUUAUAUUAUGUAAAUUGUAUUGACUAGAUUUUUGUACUUACUGUUUAUGUUAUGAGUUAAGUGAUAAUUAAAGAAACAAAAAUUAA